AUGGGACCCAAGGCAACAUUGGUGUAUCCAUUCUUCCCUUCGCCGAGAGUAUUCUUCAUCUUUGAAGACUUCUUCACGAUAUUCUUCCAUUUUUUUUCCCUCGAGAAAUCUCGCGCCAACCUGCGAGCGGUGCUGAAGGAGAGCAAACGCACGCAGAUUGAGGAGAAGGACCAUCUAAACCUAGUUAAAGUUUUAGAAGAAUACCUACCCAAACUGCGUGGCUUGAUUGCAUGCGUCGACAAUGCCCAAAUAGAGCUUCUCCAGUCUGAGCCCAUAUUCAGUUGGCGAACCACGCUCUCUGCCAACUUCCUCCACCACUCGCCUCGGUUGGCUUUACCGUCUUUCUACGCAGAGCUGGCAUACGCACUGCUCACCUACGCAUUCGCCCUCUCAAAUCUUGCCCAUGCCAAGGUUGCGCUCCUCGGAGCCUACGAACGGAAUCGAAACAUUUCCGAGGCGGAUCGCAAAGGCAAAGACAACCAGUUGAACGUUGCAGCAGACUUGCUAUAUCGAUGGGAUAGGUCGGGAAGCAGCGCUGGGGUCGCAAAGCCACCUGAUUUGACGCAGAACGUGAAUAAUGCAUUGGCAAAGCUGGCCUUGGCUGAUGCUCAGACGCUUGCCAUACGUAAAUUGCUCUUCAAAUCUGCUUAUGACAGCAAUGUUACGCCUGGCCCGCCACUCCCCAAGUCGCAUCCUUCACCUGCGUUGAUCUCGAAACUACAUCUAGAAUGUGCUGCGUUGUACUCUUCUGCACGGACUCUGGCCAAGACUUCGGGGAGUACGGGCAGCAAUGGCAAAGGCAUCAACAUUAACAUCAGCAAAGACGGUGAAGUCUCCACGGAUCUCCGACGAUAUUUGAACGACGAGACGGCCAUUCAUGAAGCACUGGCCCAUAAAUGGCUUGGGGUAGAUGCGGGUGAAAAUGGAGGCACGGAUCGGGGUGGGGACGCUGUUGCUUUUCUGGCGCGGACAAAGAAGGAACUGGAGGAACUCAAGGGACGGAAGAAGGAUAGCGUUUCGGAGGAGCUGGAGAGUGUGACCGUGUUUUUGAAGCACUAUAAGAAGAUCAACGACUCACUACACUUCCAGCCUGUACCUUCACAAGCAGAUCUACAGUCGCGCAUUCCGGCAGGAAGACUAGUGCAAGGAGCAAAGACUUUGCUCAUCGGCCAUUCCAACAUUUUCGCGCUGGGUGACGCCAUUGACUACGUCGAGCAAAAGCAGGUCAUGAAGGCUAUGGCUCAUUCCGGUAUUUUCACCGCCAACAUCGUUGCCUUGGAUUCGGGAAGCACGAAGUUAAAGCCGUACAAGGGUUCGACGGAGAUGAUCAUCGUCACCAAUGGCAAGAACGGCGGGCCAUUGUACUCAAUUCGUGACUGA